AUGUCAAGCUUGAUAAGAUCUAAACGGUUCAACAGUUUUACGAUCCAUAAAAAAUUUUUAAUUAUCAUCAUUAAAGCAGCAUUCAGCGAUAAACUUCUGAAUUCGUUAACGUUUCUACAUUGUCAUUAUCAACUUAAACCACGUCCCAUCCAUAGAGCAGCAAUUAUUAUCAAAGGUGAAAAAGUCAUUUCAACCACUUAA